AAAAAUGUAUUAUAUUUAUGGGACUAAGGAAGCGGUGUCCGCGUGAUAACGUAAGCAACAAGUCUGGUCUGAAUUUAUCCGAAGAGAGCGAGUUGGUGAAGUGAAGUCAACUCAGUUGAACUCAGUGGGUGUCGAAUGGCGAAACUUGAAGCGAAGCUAGGGAUGAUCGUGGAUUCGGUGGGUCAAUUCUUCUCCGGCAAAGACCAUCUUCCCUAUUGCGACUCCGACAUCGUCGCUGGGUGUGAAAGAGAGGUUUUGGAGGCGGAAAAGAAAUCUUCUGAUGAGUCCAUGCAAGAAUGUCUCUUGCGUUUGUCAUGGGCUCUUGUUCACUCCAAACACCCUCAAGAUGUGCAGCGUGGGAUAGCCAUGCUUGAAGGAUCUUUGCCCGGUACAGAGGACCCAUUGCAGCAAAGGGAGAAGCUUUAUCUUUUGGCUGUUGGAUACUUCAGAAAUGCUGAUUAUUCAAGGAGUAGGGAUCUUGUCGACAGGUGUCUCGCGAUUGCUCCCGACUGGAGGCAGGCAGUGACACUCAAAAAGGCAAUCGAGGAUAAGAUCACAAAAGAUGGUGUCAUUGGCCUAGGCAUUGCUGCAACUGCUGUAGGACUUAUAGCAGGUGGGAUUGCUGCAGCUGUGUCUCGAAAAAAAUGAUAGAAUCCUUCUUAUCAAAACAUACAUGAAUCUGAUAUGUAAGAGGCAAACAUAUAUGAUACUGUGAAUUUGCUGCAUCUUACUGCUUUUAUGAAAAGAAGGGUAUGGACAAUAUAAUGUGUACAAAACGGUGGAGAUCCUGUCUAAGUACUAGAUGAGAGAUGUAUUGCUUGUGUUCAUGUUGAAAAAAUAUAUUUCUGUAUUUGUCAUUUUUAUAAUUUACUUUCCCUUUUUUUUUUUUAUAA